AGGAGCAUUUUCCGGUGACGUCACAGUUGUCAAUGCGAGGUUAUAAAAGUAGAACUUCCUUUCUUUCCCGUUUAGUAUUCAAGUGUUCUUCAACGGAGUCACAAGUUUUCAUCGUGAUAUUAUUUUUCUGAAAAAAAAGUCUAAUUUUGAUCUCUACGUUGUCUACUGGCAAACAUGCAGAUUUUUGUAAAAACAUUGACGGGGAAGACAAUUACCCUUGAGGUUGAGGCUUCCGACACCAUCGAGAAUGUUAAGGCAAAAAUCCAAGACAAAGAGGGAAUUCCACCAGAUCAGCAGAGAUUGAUCUUCGCUGGCAAACAAUUGGAAGAUGGACGCACCUUGUCUGAUUACAAUAUUCAAAAAGAAUCAACACUUCAUUUGGUCCUUCGUCUUCGUGGUGGAAUGCAGAUUUUCGUAAAAACCUUAACUGGCAAAACAAUCACUUUAGAAGUUGAAGCUUCUGACACCAUUGAAAAUGUCAAGGCCAAAAUCCAAGACAAAGAAGGAAUCCCACCAGAUCAGCAGAGAUUGAUUUUCGCUGGCAAACAAUUGGAAGAUGGACGUACACUUUCUGAUUAUAAUAUUCAGAAGGAAUCCACAUUGCAUUUAGUUCUUCGACUCAGAGGUGGAAUGCAGAUUUUCGUUAAAACUCUCACAGGUAAAACCAUUACAUUGGAAGUUGAAGCAUCCGACACUAUUGAAAAUGUAAAAGCAAAAAUUCAAGACAAAGAAGGAAUUCCACCAGAUCAGCAGAGAUUGAUCUUCGCUGGCAAACAAUUGGAAGAUGGACGCACAUUGUCUGAUUAUAAUAUACAAAAAGAAUCCACUUUGCAUUUAGUUCUUCGUCUCAGAGGUGGAAUGCAAAUUUUCGUGAAAACUUUAACCGGCAAAACAAUCACCUUGGAAGUCGAAGCUUCUGACACCAUCGAAAAUGUAAAAGCAAAAAUUCAAGAUAAAGAGGGAAUUCCACCAGAUCAGCAAAGAUUGAUUUUCGCUGGUAAACAAUUGGAAGAUGGACGCACCUUGUCUGAUUAUAAUAUUCAAAAGGAAUCGACACUUCACUUGGUACUUCGUCUUCGUGGUGGUAUGCAAAUUUUUGUAAAAACCUUGACCGGUAAGACCAUCACAUUAGAAGUUGAAGCUUCAGACACCAUUGAAAACGUGAAAGCUAAAAUUCAAGACAAAGAGGGAAUUCCACCAGAUCAGCAGAGAUUGAUCUUCGCUGGCAAACAAUUGGAAGAUGGUCGCACUCUGUCUGAUUAUAAUAUUCAGAAAGAAUCAACAUUGCAUUUAGUUCUUCGUCUCAGAGGUGGAAUGCAGAUUUUCGUUAAAACUCUCACAGGUAAAACCAUUACAUUGGAAGUUGAAGCAUCCGACACAAUUGAGAACGUGAAAGCAAAAAUUCAAGAUAAAGAGGGAAUCCCACCAGAUCAGCAGAGAUUGAUUUUCGCUGGCAAACAAUUGGAAGAUGGACGCACCUUGUCUGAUUACAAUAUUCAAAAAGAAUCAACACUUCAUUUGGUUCUACGUCUUCGUGGUGGAAUGCAGAUUUUCGUAAAAACCUUAACUGGCAAAACAAUCACAUUGGAAGUUGAAGCUUCCGACACCAUUGAAAACGUGAAAGCUAAAAUACAGGACAAAGAGGGAAUUCCACCAGAUCAGCAAAGAUUGAUUUUCGCUGGCAAACAAUUGGAAGAUGGACGAACUCUUUCUGAUUAUAAUAUUCAGAAAGAAUCAACACUUCAUUUGGUCCUUCGUCUUCGCGGUGGAAUGCAGAUUUUCGUGAAAACCUUAACUGGCAAAACAAUCACAUUGGAAGUUGAAGCUUCCGACACCAUUGAAAACGUGAAAGCAAAAAUCCAAGACAAAGAGGGAAUUCCACCAGAUCAGCAGAGAUUGAUUUUCGCCGGAAAACAAUUGGAAGAUGGUCGCACACUUUCCGAUUAUAAUAUUCAGAAGGAAUCCACAUUGCAUUUAGUCCUUCGUCUCAGGGGUGGAAUGCAGAUUUUCGUUAAAACACUCACAGGUAAAACCAUUACAUUGGAAGUUGAAGCAUCCGACACUAUCGAAAAUGUAAAAGCAAAAAUUCAAGAUAAAGAAGGAAUCCCUCCAGAUCAGCAGAGAUUGAUUUUCGCUGGCAAACAAUUGGAAGAUGGACGCACCUUGUCUGAUUACAAUAUUCAAAAAGAAUCAACACUUCAUUUGGUCCUUCGUCUUCGUGGUGGAAUGCAGAUUUUUGUAAAAACCUUAACCGGCAAAACAAUCACAUUGGAAGUUGAAGCUUCCGACACUAUUGAAAACGUUAAGGCUAAAAUUCAGGACAAAGAGGGAAUCCCACCAGAUCAGCAGAGAUUGAUCUUCGCUGGCAAACAAUUGGAAGAUGGUCGCACACUUUCCGAUUAUAAUAUUCAAAAAGAAUCUACCCUUCAUUUGGUUUUACGACUUAGAGGUGGUUCCUGUUAAAAACGAAUUCGUUUUUUUUUUUCUCUAAAUAUAAUAGACAUGAAAUUAUUGUUUAUUCCGCUAAACUUAAAAAGUCGUAUUUUUUUUUUAUUUUUCGAGUAUUUAUUAAAAAAAAAAAAAAAAAUGAUUGAAAAAAAAACAUGUGAUACAACAAUGGAAAUUAUCUUCUAAAUAAUAUAUUAAUUUUCUUCUUAA